CAAGAAGGAUUGUUGGAGUAGAAAAAAUAAAUGAGAACGCCAAAACAGUAGAUUGUUCUGAGAGAGCAAAGAACUGCAUUGAGUGCUAGAAAUAUGAUUAUUGUAUCGGAGAGCAUCAAGAAUUUGUACGAGACCAUCAAUAAAAAGGUGAAUCUGUGUGAAAGUAAUAAGAUCUUGUACGAGAGCAUCAGUCAAAAUGAUAAUCUGUCUGAGAGUGCAAAGGAUGGACUUGAAAAGAGCAAGAGGUGGGUCGAAGAAGAAAAAUCAGCCAAAUCCGUAAGUAAUGAUAAUAAAGAUUUACUCAUCAAAGGAGGUGGAGAUCUUCUUCAUGCUGCUCUUGGCCCCUGGGUUGGACUUGCCAGUGGAUUCAUCCUAAAAAGUGCUGUUUCUGAUGAUCACUGCAAGAUCGCCAAAAAUGGGCUUGAAAAAGGCCAGAAUUGGGUGGAAGAAAAGGUACGAGCCACAGGAAUAAGUGAUGAGCGGAGAGAUUUACUCGUCAGAUCAGGUGGAGCUCUUGUUCUUGCUCCUGCUAUUGGCUACUGGGGUGGAAUUGGAAGUGCCUUUGGAUUCUUAUUAAGAUGUGUUCCUUCUGACAAUUACUACUACCAGAUGGCGAAAAACAGGAUCGAGACGAGUAAGAGUUGGGCUGGAGAAAAGAUAAGAGCGAAAGGAAUAAGUGAUGAACAAAUGAAUUUUCUGAUCAAAGCUGGUGGAGCUCUUGCUCUUGCUGCUUCUAUUGGCUACUAUGGAUUAAAACGAGGAUCUGGAUCUGCUAAUGCUUCUGAUGAUGAUAUUGAAAAACUUAUGAAAGCGCCUGGUCGACCCGGCGAGUUCAUAAAGAGAGCCGCCUUUGAAGCAAACCCUAGAGCUUACUUUCGUGAAUUACGCGGCAAAUAUCCAUGGCAGAAUUAAGCAAGCAGAUCAAGAUCAAGAUCUAUCACAUGUUUGUAUCGUGUGGGGAAGAGAACGAAAAUUAUUCCCAGAAAAAGUCUGUUGCUCCUUUUAUUUCCUUUUAGUAUUUUCGGUAGAAUCUCAGGCAAAAAAUUUUAUGACAUGGCAGAAUUAAGUAAGCAGAUCAAGAUCUAUCGAAUGUGACGCUCUUUUCUUCUUCUUGUGGUGGUGGUUCUGUUUUUCUACUGUUUUUUCUGUUCUGGGGUUUAAUUUUCUUCUGGUUGAUCUGUGCUUUUCUUUUAUGUUGGUUUGGAGAUGACAUGAUGUAGUGGUUAAAGAUUGGCCUUGUGCUUUCUUUUGCUGUUGUUUAAUGUCAAUUUAUGCUUCUGUGCU